AUGGAAGGGGGACCGGAAGGAGGACUGGAACAAGGCCUGGAAGGGGGACUGGAAAAAAGCAUGGAAGGGGGACUGGAAGGAGGCCUGGAAGGGAGACUGGAAAAAAGCAUGGAAGGGGGACUGGAACAAGGCCUAGGAGGGGUACUGGAACAAGGCCUGGAAGGGAGACUGGAAGGCCUGGGAGGGGGACUGGAACAAGGCCUAGGAGGGGGAUUGGAAGAAGGCCUGGAAGGGGGACUGGAAAAAGGCAUGGAAGGGGGACUGGAAGGAGGCCUGGAAGGGGGACUGGAACAAGGCCUAGGAGGGGGACUGGAAGAAGGCCUGGAAGGGGGACUGGAAGAAGGCCUGGAAGGGGGACUCGAAGGGAGACUGGAAGGCCUGGGAGGGGAGGGGGACUGGAAGAAACCUUUCAUUAUUGCGGUGGAUGCCAGUGAUGUAGGCAUUGGGGUGUCCUCUUUCAGAGAAAUGGGGCUGGAGAGGUUCGUCCUGUGUCUUACUUCAGCCCUGGACGAGGAUGACACGGCAGGUAAAUCCAGAAUCCAGUGCCGAGAUACAACUACGACACAGGUCCCGGUCACUGGUUCCGAUAUCUUCAGUAGGAAGGUAGAGAAAAGAGAUGGGGCAGGCGAUGGUGUUGGGGAGGCCGGGGGUGAGGGGUUAGGGGAAGGGGGCGGGGGAGGGGGAGGGGAGGGGAAGGGAGAGGAUGGGAUGGGGCUCAAUAUUCGAGAUAAUGCUGAACUCCAAGUUAAAGUCAAUUUUAAGGCGUUACAUAGGCUUACUACUACUACUACUACUACUACUACUACUACUACUACUACUACUAAUAAACUAAUUUCAUCUACAACGGCUCCAAAAACCAACACCUUCCGAUUUGCCUUCAUAAAAGAAAAGAGCAGAAAAACCUGA